AUGGAAAAUAAUUAUGGAAAUUUUGUACGUUUAUUGAUGUACAAUCACAGCAAAAAUAUAACUACAAAAAAAGCAGAUUUAAAAUACGCAUUUAAGAUACAGAAUAAAGACAUUGCUUAUUUGAUAAAUUAUGCUAAAAGUAAAAUAAAUUUAUUAGGAUUGGAACUAGUAGGUAUUAAUAAAAAUAAAGUAGUAGAUCCUAUUUCUAGUGAAAAAUAUUCUCUAAGGAGGCUGUAUCCUCUUGAAAGUGAUAAAUCUUCUACUGUAUCUGAUUUGGAUAAAAAAAUUAUUAUUGUUUUAUUUUUCAUUUUUUUAGAAGGUGGACAAAUUGGGUACGUAAAACUUAUUUACUUUUGUAAGAAGAUUAAUUUAUUUAAAAAUGAUUCACUUGAUGAUUAUUUGAUGUUUUUAAAGAGAGAAAAAUAUAUAAAUAUUUUUAAAUUAGAAGAUGAAAUGAAUGUAGAGUUUGGAUAUAGAUAUUUUUUAGAAUAUAAUGAAUUUGAUAUGUUAAGUUUUUUAGAGUAG